GUGCUGCUGCUGCAAUUUGUUUCCAUUAAUAGAAGAUCGGAGCGCAUUCAAAGCAUUGACGUCCAACCAUCGAAGUCUCUCACGAAUAGACCGACAGGGAGGGAGAGAGAGCGAGAGAGAUCGUGCGAGAGAGCCAUGAGCGAGGAGCAGUGGAAAACCCGAGGUGGAGAAGCUGGUGAUCCCCACCACCAACAACACCUUCAUCACCCGUAUGAGCCACACCAGCUUGGUCCUCAGUAUGGAACUUUUUCCGGGGUUCCGAGCCACCAGCCUCCGGCGAUGGGUUUCCCCCAGUCGGCGCCACCGACUGGCGUCACCGGCCAUCCCCCGUUUCCUGGUCCGACCUAUUAUCCCCAUGGUUACCAAGCUGUUCACGGCUACGUGGCAGUUGCUGAAGGAAGGCCUUUAAGAGAGCCACGUCUUCCCUGCUGUGGAAUUGGAAUUGCAUGGCUUUUAUUCAUUUCUGGGUUCUUUCUUGCUGCCAUUCCCUGGUAUGUUGGAGCCUUCAUUCUACUUUGUGUUAGACGAGUUGAUUACAGAGAAAAGCCAGGAUAUGUUGCUUGCACAAUUGCAGCUUUUCUUGCUGCCAUUGCCAUUAUUAUUGGAGCAACAAAGGGAGCUGAGGUAUGGUGAUUCACUCUCAGUUGCAUCCAUUUAUACUUGUAUUGUAACGAAACAAAUAACAGGCCAUUUAUUCGGCAAUCUCUAGACUGAGCUGGUUUGUCCCUUUGUACAAUCGAAAUGUCAUUUUCUUCCCUAUAUUCUAUGUUUUGUUUAUAUUUCUGCUCUUGUGGUUGAAAAUAUAUUCUUAUUUGUUCACCAAGCUGCUUAUUUUCUUUGUA